AUGACAAGUCAAAAGGAAGAGCAAACAAUGCAUCAAGGAAUGAUCGUAUCAUCUGUUGUUGCAUUCAUGAAAAAGGUGGCACUCGUGAUGGUCAAGAUGAUGAUUGUGAGUGUGAUUGUAGUGUUGGCUACCUUUUAUCAGAUUGUAUUAAUUAUUGGAGAAUAUUUAAAUGAAUAUUGUGGCGAUGGUAGUGUGAAUAAUUGUGAAAUUGAUGAUACAUCAAAGGUUUAUAAUUUGGUCAGGAAAUCGAGUGAAGAGGAUUCAGAAUUGAAAAAGAAAAGGAAUAUUCUCUUGUUGGGAGGGAGAGCUCCUGUUUGUUUGGAUUAUUUGAGAAUGUUUUCAGAGAUGGGACAUUCAGUUCAUUUGGUGGAAUCCCCAUCGUAUAGACCAAUGUUUGUGGCAAAUCUUUCGAAAUAUGCCAAGUCAGUUAGAUACUUUUCAGUAUAUCCUAACAAGAAAUUCAAGACAUUUCAAAAGGAAUUGAUUGAAAUUUGUAAAGAAUUGAAGAUUGAUAUUGUCAUUCCUACUUGUGAGGAAGUUUUUCAUGUUGCUAGAGCUAAAGUCCAGGUUGAAAAGGAGGCCAACUGUUUCGUAUGUUGCGAACCAUUGGAAAAUUUACGUGAACUUCACAACAAGUAUGAUUUUGUGGAAUAUAUUGGAAAUAAUGAGGAAACAUUGAAUGAAAAUACUAAAAUUAGAGUCAAGAAUCCAGAAACCAUUCUCAUUAAUCAUAGCCAUCUGAAAGAUAACACUGAAAUGAUCAAUUUUUGGAAGAAAUGUAAUGGUCAAGUUGUCUUAAAGCCAUGUUAUUCGAGAUUUGCCUCUCAGACCAUUGUCAAACCAAGCUAUGAAAGCUACAUUGAUAUUGUAAAGAGUGCAAAGGUUUCAAAUGAUUCAUCGACUUGGUGGGUAGCCCAAAAAUUCGUUGAUGGUCAAAUUGUUUGCAGUUUUGGAGUUGCUCAGAGAGGAAAAUUGCUAGCUCACUGUACCUACUUGGGAGGAAUUCACACGCCGAAUGGAACACCUGUUGGAAGUACUGUCUAUUUUGAACAGAUUAGUAAUGAUCAAAUUGAUACAGCCCUCAAAUCUUGGAUUUCCUCAGUGGUUUCACAUAGAAAUUUCACAGGUCAAAUUUCAUUUGAUUUUAUUGUCACCAAGAAGGGGCAAGAAUUAAUCAUUCAUCCAAUUGAAUGCAAUCCAAGAGCCACCAGUGGAGCUCACUUAUUUAACACCCCUCAUGUCAAUCGUGCCAAAUUCAUUCAAUGUUUCUUCCCACAACAAGCAACCUCCACCAGCAAUGAAGAUAACAAGGCAGAACAUGAAAUUCUCUCACCACCAUUUGGUACCAAAUCUCAAUUAUUAGGUGCCAUGAUUCUCACUCUCUUUGUAGGAUGUUCCUCAAUGCAAUUAAUCUCAUCAUGGCUCGCAGAUGUAUUGAAAUGUGGAAUUGAAAAGGAUGCCCUAUUUAAACCUAAUGAUCCACUGCCAUUUUUCAUGCAGGCAUACUUUGCCCUGGAUCCAAUCAUUAAAAUGUGGCGUUUUAGAGUCAAUUUGAUUUCUGCCAUGACUUUUGAUAUUGAAUGGAAUGGAGAAGAUGAGGAAUAA